GAAGCUGCCAGUGGGUAGACACCUUCGCUCGGACCAAGAAUAUAGAUCGUUUUUCUCUCACAACCGAGAAGGAUUUUGCGUAUAACGACCUUAACGAACUGCUGCAGGAUCCUUUGUUCGGAUAAGAGACAAGAGAGUAACAUCUGGAUAAGAGGAGUAUUCUGUGUAGUGAUGGCAGAUGCGCUCGGAUUUCUCGCCUCCGCCAGCGACUAUGGGGGCUAUGGAGCGGCAGAUGGCUACGGGUACGAGAGCUCCAUCGACUGCAACUCGGCGCUCGGUCUCAUUGGUCUCCUUGGUCUGAUUGAGCUGCUGAGGGACAUCAUAGACGACAUCACAUCCACGCGCCGGAGGAGGUCAGCGGACGACGGCGUCUUCGGCUUUCUGCUGAGUUCCUUCGGGAGCGCCGUCGGGGGCCUCCGCGCCUCCUGCAGGCGAUGCCGGCGGUCGUCCUGCCGCUCGUGCAAAGCCUGGUGGACGUGAACGACGGCCUGGAGGAGGGCCCCCUGCCUGGAGCGCGCCAUGUGCGAGGCGAACCGCGCCCUCCUGCAGGAGGCGUCGCAGGGCAGCCGCGUGGACGAGGCCGCGGGAGGCCUGGUGGCGUCCCUGCUCAGCCAGGUCCUGAGCAAGUCCUUCAGCGAUUACGACCCCGAGAGAUACAAGCAGGCGCUGAGGGCGGCGGAGGCGGGGCGGAAGGAGGGGGCCGACUGCGCCAGCCUCUUCCCAGAGUGCGCGGAGCUCAGCCGAAGACACAGCCCCAUGAGGGACACCAACUUCACGCGGGUCCU